AUGAAGAGAAAACCAGUCAGCGCGAAUCAGUUCCUGGUGAUUCGUUCACUUGCCCCCAUUGACGCAAGUACGCUAAACUCCAAGAAACGUGAGGUACACCAAUUUCAUUACGUCACUUGGCCGGACAAAGGUGUUCCACAGCAUUCCACAGCUUUACUGGGAUUUCGAUCAAAGAUUCAUGCUAGACACCAGGCUACUGGCGGGCCACUUGUUGUGCAUUGCAGUGCUGGUGUUGGACGAACUGGUACGUUCAUUGCCAUUGAUGCCAUGUUGGAAGGCGCUAAGGAGAAAAAGAGCGUGUUUAUCCAGAAUUAUGUGCAAGUGAUGCGGAGAUGUCGCCCUCAUAUGGUGCAGAAAGAUGACCAGUAUGUGUUUUUGCAUCAAGCAGUGAUGGAAGCCUUGGUGGGUGGAGAUACUGAGGUUGCCCCUCAUGACCUGAGAAUUACAAUGAACAAACUGACCAGAAUUCAUAAGACGUCCAAAAAAACUGGAUAUGCACGAGAAUUUAAGCGCCUGGAACUUGUGACUGAUAUUGCGGCCUCGCCAGAGGAGGCAACAGCAGCAUUUAAUCCAUCAAACAUCAACAAGAACAGAUUUCCCAGUAUUGUACCAUUGGACAUUGCUCGAGUGUUCUUGAAGUCCUUUGACCCAGACAAGGACUACGUCAAUGCCUCCUUUGUGGACGACUACAGACAACGUAACGCGUAUAUUCUGACUCAGGCACCAUUGGAUAACACUGUUGAAGAUUUCUGGCGUAUGAUAUCACAGUAUGACAUUGGCACAGUUGUGAUGUUGAACAGCUUAAGAGAAGGGAAAGAGAGUUAUCCACAGUAUUGGCCCGCAGAAAGUUCUCAGGUCAAGCAUGGAGACAUCACGAUACAGAUUCUGUCGGAAAACACUUCAGAUAAGAUCACAACCAGGAAGUUUAGUGUAUCGAAUGCAGAGCCUCCCAAGAAGACGUCUACUGUAAACCAUUUACAGUUCACUGGAUGGGCCAACUCUCACUCGUGCCCAGAUACCCAGGAAAUCCUUGAACUGUUGACUGCCAUACAGCAUUCACAGCAACAAACCGGAAAUGGCGUCAUUGUUUUUCAGUGCAGUGAUGGUGUUGGUCGCAGUGGCUGUGUGUCCACCAUAAUGUCAGUGAUAGAACGAGUCAAGAGUGAACAAACAGUUGAUGUGUUUCAGACUGUUAAGCUGAUUCGAGCCAAGAGACCUGGUGCUGUCAUAACUCUGGAACAAUACAUGUUCUGUUACCAGACAAUCCUAGCAUACCUGGACUCAUUCAACACCUAUGCAAACUUCGCAGACUGUUAAACAGUCAGAGGAAUGCAGAGUUCAACUCUGAUGUGAAGUAUAAAAUAAGUUUGCAUGAACCUGUUUUCUAACUAUUUUCCUUUGGUAUUUGGUAUUAUUAAAGUGAAAUAGAAAGCGUUCUCCUCUACUUUUGUAGAUGGUUAGUAGUAAAUUAGAUUGGUAUAAUUUAUAGUAUUAUAAUUAUGAGGUAGGAAGCACUUAGAAGUACCGUUAGUUUGCUGGUAUAACGGUGGUUCCAGUUCCUCAGCAUCCAUGUGUCUAUUGUAAGAAUUUGCCGCUGUCGUUGCUUUUCAGUUCCUAUUUUCCAUUUACAUGCGACAGUGAACAAAUAGGCAUGAAACAACUAAAUUGCACAGCAAUACAGUACACUUAACUUUAUGAAUUAGUACAUGACAUGGUUAAAAGUAAUUUCAGGGUUGUCACAGUCAGGUAAUGGUCAGGGGAAAAUAUAUUCAAGGGGUCAGGUAAAAGUCAGGGAAUCUUAUUUUGAGUCGGGGAAACUGGCAUUUUCAACAAAAGCCAGGGAAAAUUGAAAUUAUAACACCGCUGAUUUAAUUUUGAAGGCUAAGAAGAAGCAGUUCGGUUUACUGUGAUCUUAACUUUGUUUCACCUUGAUGAAGAUGGUGAAUUUGAUGAAACUUGUCAGCUCAAAUGAAUGGGUAGAAAGGACAGCUGUAGGGACAGGCUUUAGGCCGCGUCUGUAUAUGACAUUUCCUAUUUAUGUGGAUGAGGAAAGUAUACUUUUAUCAGUGGAAAGUGAGGGAUUAUUCAGGUAAUUUUGAAAAGUGAUGUCUGUGGCAACGAUGAAUUUUCAAAUUAUUUUACUUUGUAUAUAUGGGUUGUUGAUC